UACAUGUUUGUAAAGGCAGAUUGCACGUGGAUUGCCCAUUUUUGUGUAACUGUAAAGUUGGAAACGAAGAAUUUGUGUUCAUUACCAUAGUUCAUCACUGGUUCUCGUUUACCAAAUCUGGAAAUAUAAGAAAAACAUGGAGCAGCUUACUGUAUCCAAUGAAAUAAAAGAAGAAGUUAAAUUUAUCGAACUUCCUGGCGCAGAAAUGGGUAAAGUUGUGGUUAGAUUUUCUCUUGAAGCCAGCGGGUAUUUACACAUCGGUCACGCUAAAGCUGCUUUGCUUAAUCAGUAUUUUCAAGAGAAAUUCCAAGGUAAAUUAAUCAUGAGAUUCGAAGAUACUAAUCCUGCCAAGGAGAAAGUGAAUUUCGAAAAGGUUAUCCUCGAAGAUUUACAUUUACUGCAAAUAAAACCUGAUAUAUUUACUCAUACGUCGGAUUAUUUCGAUAAAAUAUUGGAAUUUUGCGAACAAUUGCUGCACGAAGGUAAAGCAUAUGUCGACGAUACUAAUCCUAAAGUCAUGAAACGAAAACGAAGACAAGGAGUCGAAUCAAAAAAUAGGAAUAACACUGUCGAGAAAAAUUUAUUAAUGUGGCGUGAAAUGCAGAAUGGUACCGAGUAUGGACAGACUUGCUGUGUUCGUGCUAAAAUCAAUAUGUCCUCAGCUAUUGGCUGCCUAAGAGACCCUACCAUUUACCGGUGUAAGAACCAGACUCAUUCCAAAACUGGAAAUAAAUACAAGGUUUAUCCAACGUACGAUUUCGCCUGCCCUAUUGUCGAUAGUAUAGAAGGUGUGACGCAUUGUUUAAGAACCACCGAAUACCACGACCAAAACGAUCAAUUUUAUUGGUUCAUAGACGCUUUAAAACUACGCAGACCUUACAUUUGGCAGUACAGUCGAUUAAAUAUGACGAAUACGGUUCUUUCGAGAAGUAAAUUGGCCUGGUUUGUCGAAAAAGGAUACGUAGAUGGAUGGGAUGAUGCUCGAUUCCCCACCGUACGCGGUAUUUUACGUCGUGGCAUGACUGUUACUGCUCUAAAACAGUUUAUAAUCGCUCAAGGAUCUUCUAGAUCUGUUGUCAGAAUGGAAUGGGAUAAAAUUUGGUCUUUUAAUAGAAAAGUAAUCGACCCGAUAGCUCCGCGUUACAACGCUUUUCAAUCUCAAGGAACCGUUCCAGUGCUGGUGAAAAAUGUAAAAACUGAAAAAGUCCAAGUUCCUAGACAUCCUAAAAACGACGAAGUUGGUAAAAAGUUUAUUUGGAAGCAUAAUCGGAUUUUAAUCGAUUACAUCGAUGCCGAAGAUCUAGAAGAAAACGAAAAUACUACUUUCGUCAAUUGGGGAAAUUUAAUGAUAACAAAAAUCAACAGAGAUGGUGAAAAUAUUACGAGUGUCGAAGCCGAAGAAAAUCUAUCGAAUACCGAUUUCAAGAAUACUUCGAAAUUAACUUGGCUCGCCGAUGUGGAUGAAGCUCCAUUUGUACCUUGUGUCUGCGUUUAUUAUGAUCAUAUCAUUUCAAAGCCUGUUUUAGGCAAAGAUGACGAUUUCAAAGAAUAUAGUUAUCCCAAUACAAAAAUUGAAAUAGCUAUGUUAGGUGAUCCAGAACUAGUUAAUGUGAAAAAAGGAGAUAUUAUUCGACUGCAAACAAGAGGAUUCUACAUUUGUGAUCAAGAAUACCAACCUCGAAGCGUGCCUACCGGUUGCGAAACGCCAAUAGUGUUAUUUCUCGUACCAGAUGGUUAUUUGAAGAGAAAGUCUAUUACAGCCCAUAAGGUGGACGAAGAACAUUUGAUCGAUUUCUUCAAAAAAGCCAAAAUUUCACACGACAAGGUGCUAGAAUACACGAAAAUGUUUUCCUACAAAAGAAUUAAAAGACAAGAAAUUUUUAAUUUCAAGUACGACAAGUUGAAAUCCUAUGGAAUGAAGUCCGUGGGCGAUAUGCUGCGAAUUCUAUGUUAUAUCAAGAUGAAACCAGAUAUAGAUGAAGCUGAACUUAAAAACGCAACGUAUAAGGUAUUGACGGAUAGUGAAAGGGAAAAAAUUUUACAAGAAGAAGAAGAAUCACUUUCCGCCUAUAUAGACGACAUAAUUCAAGAAAUGGAUGAGUUUGAAGAAAAAAUGCGUAUACCUAGAACUUGAACAAAAAAGCUGUACAUUUGAUGUGUAAUUUUUCAAUUACCUAGUGGAAGCUAAAACGUUUCACACCGUGAAAAUCAGAACUUUCCGCUUUAAUAGACAACGUAUGUACUUCAUGAAAUGGAACGUGAUGCGGAGAUUUUUGGGUACUAGUAUUUCUAGUGCUCACUUGAACAAAAAAAUUACACAUUGGAUCUGCCCAAAAUCAGUAUCUGCGCUAGUAAAUUGACCAGAGCAGUACGAGAUAAUCGCCAAGACAGCUUUCAGUAAGUUAAAUUGCCUUGAAUACAGGUUGGUUGAAAUCAUUCGUCAGAGUUUGCAGUUAUCGGAGUAGUAACAAAGACAUGGAAAGAUUUUUAAAAUAAUGAGUUUAGCUUAUAAAAUAUCUCUCACUGGUCCGUUCUUAGAUCACCAUUUUCCCCUUCAAAUAAAACGAGCCAUAAUAGUUUGAAAUUUUAAAUUGAUUUCCAACGGUUUCAUUUUUGAAGCAAUAAUGCUUCAGAUGAUUUCUAGUUUUUCUUAUUACUGACUUGAGAAUAAUUCUAAAAUUAAUUAAAUACAACUCUUGCAUAAAUACUAAUUUUUUAAAAAAUCAAAUGAAAUGUUGUGUUCGCGCGAAAAAAACAAAAGAGUGUGAUAGGGGCAGUAGGGAGGACCUUGCUCUGUCUGUUGAAACAUUUCAUUAUGUGUAUUUACGGCAAACUGAGUUGGCAACUUAUUUUACUUGACUUUUGUAAGUCCAUAUUUAUUUACGGCCAACUGGGUAGGCAACUUAUUUCGCAUCGUGUUGAACUUUUUUCCAUUUUUCAGUACCUGAACAUUAAUUCUAAAGAAAUCGAAUGAUUUAGGAAACUCGUGUGAAGCUCGAUGCGAAAUCUGUAUAUCUUUUUUGAAUAGCAUUUGAUAAUGAAGUUUUGACAAAAAUAAACUUGGAAAAAUAAUUUUUUAGUUUAAAUUUUUCAAUUUUGAAUUACUUACUGUAAGUAUUCUUUAAUGUAUUUUAUUUUUUGAGACAGAAACGUUCAAAAAUUAUUUUGUCAACUUUUAAAAAUAUUUUUUCAAUUUAUUCUUCAGAAUGUUUACCUUUGAGUGUGUGUGUGUGGUUCAUUUUUUGAUUUUAUUUUAUAUUGAUGAAUGUUUCAAUUUUUUAUAUAUUCAAAAAAAAAUUAUAUAUCUCACAGGAGAACCUUUUGAACUCACACUCUUUGAUUUGAACGAAAGCAAGCUGUUCAGUUUUGGAUUUUUGGCAAACUUUUAAAAAUGUAUUAAAUUAAAAAAAAAACCUUAAAGGACGAUUUUAAAAUUUUUUCAUACUUACAAUGUGGAGUCUCCGACGAUUUUGAUUUCCUUCAUGAAAUUCCUAAUCGCUCUGAAAGGGCAAAAAAAAGGAACUUCAGCACCUUCGACUUCGAGAUGCUGCCCAACAAGCACCAACUAAAGUUAUCUAGGUUCUAAAGUUCAUUUUUAACCUUUCCAGAAUAAUUUGAAGUUUCUGCAGAAAAUUGAAAAAUCGCUGAAGGCUCUAGAAUGUCCCAAAAACAGUAGCUGAUGAAAAAUUUAUGAUUAAAAGUUUGAAAAUUGCCCUUUUGAUACAAAUUUUUUGAAUUUUCAAAAAUUCGAAAAUGAUCUUCAGCAUCUGAUAUUUUGGCUACGAGGGUUUUAGGACGCAUGCUCUUUCGAACGUAGCUUGGAUUCAUUCAAAUCUGAGAGUAUGUGAAUUUAAAAAAUUCCCUUGUCAGGAUACAUUCGUCUGUUCUG